AUGACUACACUGCUAGUUGAUGUUGCAAAAAAGACUAUGUUACUCGUUUCAUACUCGUACGCGGCCUUCGUCGGUUUCAUCUUCGUGGCUCAAAGAAAACUGCAGUAUUUCCCAACAACCUCUGCACCACCCACCGUCGAUGAGCUUCCGCACAUCUGUCGAAGCAUUAUGGACUUUGACGUGUGCACAGUCGACGGUUUAGUACUCAACGGUUGGGUUUGGGACGAACCGAAGUGCCAAAUAUUGGUAUUACACUUACACGGCAAUGCAGGUAGUCGUUACCACCGUCUUUACUGGGCACACGAGGUGAAAAAGAGGCUGAGGUGCGCCGUGGCACUGUUUGACUAUCGUGGGUUUGGUGGCAACCCGGGUGUAAUCUCAGAGGACGGCCUGAUUGAAGAUGCAGUGGCAGCGAUCAAGUGGGCACACGUGCAAGCAGGACAAAAUGAUAAAAAACUGGUCCUACAUUUAGAGAGUAUCGGUAGUGUUGCAGGUUUGAGCGCCUUGGCAAAGAUUUCGACUGAGGUCAAAGUACAUGGAAUCGUCGUUGAAGGUGGUUUGAGCUCGUGUUACGAUCUGGCCCGCUCAAUGUUCCCGCUUGUACCAGUCAGUCUACUGCUGCGAGACAAGUGGGAACGUGCGAUGAAUGGUGCCAGAGGUUUGCAGAGGAGUAUACAUUUCAUGAGUUUACACGGCAAAGCUGAUCGCGUCGUACCGCUUUGGUGUGGUAUGAAAUUGUUCCAAGCAGUCGCAUGUACGCGCAAAGAGUUCGUAACGUUUCAGACCGGUGAACACAACAAUUUGUUUCUCCAGCCUGAUUAUUUUGAAAAACUUGCAAGUUUUUACGCAGAAGUGUCAGGUAAAACUGCACAUGCAACCGACGACCUAUUUGCGCGAAAACUAGAAAGGUGA